UGCUGGACUGGAAAGCAAGGCUGCAAGGAGUGGAAAGGACUGUACGGGGUAGCUUCUGGCAGAUGCCGAGAGUGCUGCUGGAAGCUAGCUGGCUAUCAAUCACCCUCCCUGCUUGGGCUCCAGUACAGAGAGCAAGCAAGAGAGAGAGACAGAGGAAAUAAGAUGGCGUGGGAUCAGCAUCCUCUCUGCUGGCGAAGGUGCUCUGCCCUCCUGUUGUCUUACUCCAGAGCGGCCAUGAGCCAGUUAAUAGAGGCCACCACUGAACCCCCCAAAAAGAAACCGGACCCUGUCACUUCUGAGACCGUGGUUUUCUGGGGGCUACGCCUCUGGCAGGUGAUUGGAAUCUUUGCCAUCUUUGUCCUGGCAGUCAUUAUAACCCUGUGCUGUAUCUUCAAGUGCCGGAUUCCACGGACAAAGAAAGAGAUCGAGGCCCGGUAUGCACAGCGGCAGGCAGCCAAGACCUACGCAGACAAACUGGAGACCGUACCACCGCUCAACGAGCUGACGGAGAUCCCUGGAGCUCAUGUGGCAGAAGAGAAGAAAGAGGAGGUGCCCACCGUCUCAGGGAAAGUGGACAGGGCCCAAGGCAAGAAAGAAGGUUCCAAGGGAUCCAAGAAGAAAGAGGGCAAAAAGGAGCAGAAAGAAGGGUCCAAGAAAGAAGGGAAAGAUGAGACCAGAAAGAAGGAAGGAGGGAAGGGUGCAGGUGAAAAGAAGCAAGGAGGUGGAAGGAAAGGUGAGAAGGAGACGGACAGAGCUAAGGCAGGAGGCAGCACCAAGGCUGGCAGCAAAGCUGGGGGGAAUGCCAAGUCCUCAGCAAGGAAACCCCAGCAAAAGAAGUGAUCAGACCAACAGCGGAGUUGCUGAUACCCCCUCUCCCAAGCACGUGCAAUGCUGCAGACCUGCCGUGGGGAGUGCAGUGCUAAUGCCUUGGAACUGGCAUGGGGGGAACUGUGAGGAGACGAAGUCCCUCCAGAAUUUGAGGUUAUCUGGAGCGACUUGAUUGAUUUCUUUAAAAGCAAAAUCGCCAUUUUUACAGAGGUGAUGUUUCUGCCAAAGGAAAACCUGCCUCGUUGGCUAGAAAGUUACCUGUGAACAGAAUGUCCUGCUUGUGUUCCAGCGUGCAGGGUGGAGUGAGAAAUAGGAGCACAGAUGGAUUCAUAGCCGCACAGAGCUGCCGAGAGCCAGAACAUCAGGAGUGUGUCUACAUUGCAAUCAGAGGUGUGACUGCAGCAUGUAUAGAUACACCCGAGCUAGCUUCGAUUUAGCUGGCUCGAGAACCAAUCACAGCAAAACUGCAGCAGCAUGCGGUUGUCCAACCCUGCCCGGGACCCUGGGUAUAUACUCAAGCGGCAAGCCCACGCUGCUGCCCACCCUGCUGUGGCUUCACUGCUUUUGGUGCCCGAACUAGACAGAUCAAAGCGGUCUCAGGUAUGGCUACGUGUGCUGCAGGGCAUCUCUGACUGCAGCAUAGAUGUGCCCUGGGAGGGUACUUGGCCCAUUCCAUCUGAGAUCAAGA